AUGGCUUUUCUUGCCUUUAUGCUUCUUGUUCUACCUAUGUUAGCUAUGUCAAUAGAGAACACAAACAUGAUGAGCAACAACAUAGCAAAGCCUGGCUGCCAAACAAAAUGUGGGAGCUUGACUGUUCCUUAUCCAUUGUAUUGCCAAAUACGUAUUAGAAACGUGUUGGCAAGCAAAUGUUAUGAAGAAAAUGGUGAACUAUCUGCUCAACAACUUGUGUUUCUCAAUACAGGAGUGUCGUUUUUCACGUUAUCUGAGAAUGAUAACAAGUUGAUUCUUAUAGGAUGUGAUGAUUUGGCUAUGGUUUUUGGUUUUUCGUUAUAUGAAGGGAAGAAUUUCAGCACUGGUUGUAUGACAACUUGUUCAAGAGGUCAGGAUGUGAGCAAUAAUGGGACAUGUUCCAGGAUUGGUUGUUGUCAAGCCGCGAUCCCUAAGGGGUUGACGACUUAUUUAGGUUUUGUAAAUAGCCCCGGAAACCACACUAAUGUAUGGUCCUUUAACCCUUGUAGCUACGCGUUCCUUGGCGAUCAUGAAAAGUUCACAUUUAGGGGUACAUCAGACUUCAUGGACCCAAACUUUGUGGACAGAAUAGUGAAUGAUGUUCCUAUUGUGAUUGACUGGGUAAUUGAGACUAAAAAUUGCAGUGUGGUUAGAAACUCAACAACUUAUUCAUGUAUGGAACAUAGUCUAUGUAUUAAUUCUGAAAGUGGACGUGGAGGUUAUCGUUGCAUUUGUGAGGAAGGAUAUGACGGAAAUCCUUAUCUUAGUCCAGGCUGUCAAAGUUUGUGUGACCAUCUCAUCAAAAAGCUUAAACUGUUAGAAAGAGUCAAGCACAUAUCGAUGAAUGUGCAACGAGACCUUGUGAUGGAAUUUGCAAAAACACUCCAGGAGGGUUUGAGUGUUCGUGCCCGAAGGGAUAUUUUGGCGAUGGAAAGAAGGGACGUGGUUGCCAGAAGGAGCAUGAUUUCCCCAUCUUAA